UCACCAUCAGCUAGCUGACUGGCUAGCAAGUAGCUUGCUUGCUUCGCACAGGUGUCGCUGGAGGACCUUGGGGUGGGUGCAUUGGUGGUCUGAACGAAGCAUCGGCCAAUGUAGCAUUCACAGCAGCAGUAUUGCCCCGUUGGUCCUCUCAUGCACUCGCACUGCAUGGCUUCACCUGCAAACGUCUCCCUUCUCUUCACUUCACCCCUGGGCCACUACUCCCUCAUGCUCUGGUCACAGGCCCCACACAGACUGCCCAAUGACCGCCUGGAUUGUCCUGCCCGUCAGCCUUGCUGCCUUCUCCAUCACAGGAAUAUGGAUAGUCUAUGCCAUGGCUGUAAUGAACCACCAUGUUUGUCCUGUAGAGAACUGGACCUACAAUGUCACAUGCACUGAGGAGACAGCCAGAAGGGGUUUCCCCAAGACAUGCUGCACACUACAGGAUAUACCCCUGAUCAGCAAAUGUGGCUCAUACCCCCCAGAGAGCUGUCUCUUCAGCCUGAUUGGCAACGUGGGAGCCUUCAUGGUGGUGAUGGUCUGUAUGCUCCGCUAUGCCCAGGUGAUUGAGCACAGUCACCACUGCUGGACAAACACCAAUGCCCUGGUGUCAGGCUGUGUCAACGCCUUAGGUCUGGUCAUGGUGGGGAAUUUCCAGGUGGACCAUGCCAAGUCUUUGCACUAUGUGGGCGCGGGAGUGGCGUUCCCGGCGGGGCUACUUUUUGUGUGCCUGCAGUGUGUGCUCACCUACCGCAUCGCUGAGACCACUCUGGACUACUGGAUGGCCCAUGUGCGAGUAGCCCUCUCAGCCGGGGCCCUCGUCUCUCUCGUCCUCAGUGGCGCUUUCUUCAUCCACGAGAGCUUCGUCCUGCAGCACGCGGCCGCCAUCUGCGAGUGGGUAUUCACCGUCAUCAUCCUCGUCUACUACGGCACCUUCACCUACGAGUUUGGCACCGUCACCACCGACACCAUAAUGGCCGUCCUGGCGCAGCGCAGCAGCCUCCACCUCCACCAGCCCACCGGCGUCAUCAUGGGGGGCAUGGCCAGCAUGGGGGGUAUGGCUAGCAUGGGGGCCAUGGGCAAAAGCGCACCCAUGGGCUUCGGCGCCCACGACCUGAAGUCUCCGGGUGCUGGAAGCACCUCGGCUCACCUCACCUGUAACCCCGAAAGCACGGCCAUGCUGUAACCCGGGCAACGGCAACGGAGGUGCCGCACCACACCACAACGCUACUCGAAACCUCGACAAGAGUUUUCAGCACUGCCCACAGCGUAGCACUGCUACCUAAGGGUGUUUCUUUUUCAUGAGAAAACAAACAAACAAAAAAAAACUGGGACAGAGAAGAAUUAGAAAUAGUAGACGUAGUAGAGAUAGGCUGUGCUUGAGACUCCCUCCCCCCCUACCUAAAGUAAUGUUGACUUUUAUCACGAACGUGCUCCCAGUUCUCAAGGCAAUAUUUUGCAGCGGAUGUGAACAUGCGUGGGGAUGGGAUCCAGCCUGUUGUCUGUUUGAAUGAAUGUCACAGGGACAAAAAAAAGAUGGGAAUUGCAGAAAAAAUGUGUACAGAUGAUCAGGAUGCUUGGCCUGUACCUCAGCUCAAUAUCUGGAGAAUGCUUCUCUCCCUCACAUUUUAUCACCCAAUAAUGCACGGACACAUACACACACAGACUCACACACUCACACACAGGAUGUGUUAACGCAUGCCCCAGUGUACCAUCACUCAAAACGUCCCGUGACAACGUGGUGAACACUACCUCAAUUCAAGUCGUAAAUACAGUAUAUCCCCUUUAUAGUGUCCUUUGUUCAAUCCAUACUCUUCAUGUGUGGUUUUCAAGAUGUAGGGGCGGGGGGCAUUGGGUUGUAGACGGCAGCAAUAUUUGAGUGUAUGUUACAGAUGUGAAGUCGCUCUUAACAGCAAUAUCUGAUCUGUGAAAGUAUUUAAUGCAAUACCUGAGGGAAAUUGUUCUCAUAGUCUAUUACCUAGCAUUAAGUGAGCCUAUAUGGAAAAAUAAGCAGAAGAAAUGGUCUGUAAAGGAACAGUUGAACUGGAGAGUACAGCAUCAUGGUGCAAUGGCUUGCCAUUUCUACAGGAAUGCCUCUAGCACGGCGAUGCAUUUGUACACGCACAGCAGAUCUUUUCCACCUCAGCCAUUUUAUAUGUUGCAGCUGAGCAAACAGAACUGAGUCUUAAAACAUUAAUUAUUGAUCUCUGGAAGUAUGGUGCUUACAAGCAAUGUGAAGCUAAUUAAUGCCUUGAGCUUCAAUUGUGCUUGCUCCUCUAUGGUGUGCCAAAAUGGCUGCUGUGGAAAAGGGUCUGUUGACAGCUUUUUGCAGGUUUGAAGCUGGUAGGGAAGUAUACCUCACCGGCAUGGGAUAGGAACCCCUGCUGCUUGUACUCUGUGGCAGUGCAAGCCCUGGGUAGAGGCUGAGGCGCAGAGCUCUCUGGCCCACCACAUGUGUUGAGAUCCCUGUUGGAAGACUGCUUGCGUCUGGUGAAAGCUAAGCUGAACACACUAAUGUGCUCAAAUGUAUCCCAUUUGCUUGUACUGUAAGUGAUAUCGCAUUAGUACAGAAUGCCCCAAAGCAUCACUGAACUAUAAUCAAAAAGUAGUUGAACUUGAAGGUAAGAGUCAGAAAUUUGUUUUUU